UGUGUUCUUGAACAUACCUCACUGCAGGACUCAGCAAACGGAACUCUUUGACAAUAACAACCUAAUAAAUAACAUUAGACGUAAAAUAUUGUAAAUGAUGGCAGUAAAGUUGCGUCUAAAGAAGAGGUGGGGGAAACAUUAAUUCCCUUACUUAUUUGCCUAGAUUCUCGGUGCUUUUCUUCAGAGAGAGCUGGCGCCUGCAUUUAGAUAGCUCAUGUUAGCUGGUGCUAGCUAACGGUGCAGUGCCUAAUGCCAUACGAGCCCAAAGCCAGAGUCUGGGGGAGUAUCUGCCUUAUUUCUCAGCGCUGCAGCCUUAAAGAAAGAUGGGAAUGUGUUUACCCUGCUUUGGAGGCGCGGCGGACGAUGUUAUAGAAACACCAGAUCCCGAAACAAGGAGACGACAGUUAGCAGAAGCUGCUGAAAAGAGACAGAAGGAGACCGCAUACAGGGGUGUUAAAAAUCCAGAAGAAGUCGAAAGGAAAAGAAAAAAACAAGAAGAGAUGGAAAAACAGGCGAUGACCACGUCAGUUUCUGGAGGUGGUGGGCUAAAGUGGCAAGUCGGAUGAAAAUCUUCCAUUCUGAAAUCCCCAAAUGGUGUAAUGCUGCAACCCAACUUGAAGAUGAAGAAGGAAACUGCUGGUUAUUUUAUAAAUUGUAAUUUAACUAUUUAAUUUUUUCACUAUUAUAUAUUUCUUGAUACUAAUCGACUGACGAUUUGCACAAUCAAAAGCAGUUGACAUUUUUACCCUGUUGCCAAUACAUACUGUAUUUUUUUCUUUUGAUGAAGGAAGAGAGAGAUAAUAGGCACAAAACCUGUUAUGUUUAUUUUCCUAACACACACAUUGCCCAUAUGGAGACCUCAACAUUAACACUAACUAAACUAUGACAUUACUACAAACCCUGUUUAUGUUUACAACAUUUGAGUCAUUUAUGACAUCACAAAAUGAGGUUACUUGUCAGUGGAGAUGCUUUUGGUAAGCACAGUCUACAACAGUCUACGUUAUUGCUGUUCAGAAUGUUGAAAGUCAAGCCACUAUAACUGAAGGAGAUCUACUUGCUGCACUUUCUUCUGGCCUCCGGCACUGCACCCUCAAAGAGAUUUUCAUACUGUUUGAAACCCUUUAUUAUAUAUGCUUAAUAGACAAUGUAUGUAUCCCUGCUUUAUUAUGAUGAUAAAAGCAGAUACAAUUUGACAGAUGUUAACAUUAUUAAUAGAUAUUUAGUACAAAAACCUUGCCUAUUUGGCUUACAGCCAUCACUCGAUCCUUGAAAGCUUCUGGUGCUCUUGCCAAUUUUGUAAUACUGAAGAUAUGCUGCAAUAAAGAACAUUUCUGCUA